AUGGCGAGUCCCAGUGGAAAGAGUGUUGAGACACUAGCUCGUCUGUUGAAUUUAAACGCUACAGAUACAGAAGCUUACCAAGAAGUCUUUGAUGCUUAUUUUGGUGACAGACAGGAAUCGGAAAAUGACUCAACUACUGAUGAGGAGCAAUCCAGUGAUGCUGUUCUUAGAGCUAACACAAGUAAAUGCUUUUCCCCAGAUGACUCGGUCUGUGAAGUUCUGACGACUGAGCUAGACCUGUCAGAAAGGAUCGUGCCUCUUGAACGCAAAAGACCCCAUCUGUCAGCCAUACCAGCACCCCCUUCACCGGACCAACCGAAUUUGCACAUCGACCCACCUUCCACGUCAACGAAAGGGCCUGUCCCAUACCCCUGCUCCUGUAAGUCAACACCGUGUUACUCAAACUUUGAUGCAGAAACAAUCCAGGACAUAAGACACCAGUACAUUGCCUUAACAGACAAAGAACUUGACAUAGCUGUGUUGUCAAAAAUUUCGAGUGGCAUUCAUUUGGAUUCUACUACCCGCAAAUCACGAAAGGCAGUUCAAACAGAACGGAAAGCGUCACGGACGGAUUACUUGCUCCAUGGACACUGUAUUUGCCGUGAUUUCUUCCUGUACAUCCAUGACAUUGGGCUUGGCAAACUGACAACCCUGAUCAAGCAUUACAAGGCCUGUGGUGUUGAAGCCCGUGUCCACAAGAGCAAGAAGCGACUUCCCCAUAACACCCUGAAGUAUGAGGACACCAGGAGGGUAGUUGACUUCAUAAUAAACUACGCAGAGAUCCACGCCAUAGAACUGCCAGGUAGAACACCCAGACACUGGAUUACGAAUGUUAAGUUGCUGCCCACACAUUGUACAAAGACACUGGUAUAUGAAUUGUAUAAAACAUCAUCUGAGGAAGCAGGGAACCACUGUGUUCACAUCUCAACCUUCAGGAAGCUGUGGAGACAGUUGGUGCCUUUUAUUAGGACCAUGCCUCCUGCAACAGAUCUCUGCUGGACCUGUCAGAGAGGUAUGCAGCAAAUCCAGCUGUCAGCCAACAAGUCUGAUGAGGAGAAAAGACGGUUGAUAGACAAUUUGAACUCUCAUCAGGAGAUCGUUCAGAAUGAACGGUCAUUUUACCAACACAGCUGUGAAAUGGUAAAGGCACAACUACCGCCAGCCAGACUACCUGGACCCCAUCCAUACUGUUCCUUUCAAGGAAAAAAUCACAUUUCUUUUGACUUCGCACAGCAGACUCACUUUCCAAGUGAUCCUCUUCAAGCUGGGCCAAUUUAUUUCAAGACCCCCCGGAAGUGUGGCCUUUUUGGGAUAAAUAAUGAGGCGCUGGGAAAACAGGUGAACAUUCUAGUUGAUGAGGCUCACAACACGGGGAAAGGUGCCAACACAGUUGUGUCUUAUCUUCAUUUCUAUCUAGAAAACUUCAGCCUUGGUGAGACAGAACUUCUUUUGCACGCAGACAAUUGUGCCGGACAAAACAAAAAUUCUGUUAUGAUUUGGUACCUCAUGUGGCGAUGUGGCACCGCUCGAAAUAGGAAUAUUUGCCUAAGCUUUCUGAUUGCGGGUCAUACAAAGUUUAGCCCAGACGGUGGAUUUGGCCUCAUAAAAAGAAAAUUAAAGGUAACAAAGGUUGAUUGUUUGCAAGAUCUAGUCAAAGUUGUAGAUGCUUCGGCUGCUAUGAACAAGGCCAUUCUAGUGGGUACAGAAAAUGGAGUAUCUCAACUUCCCACCUAUGACUGGACGACUUUUCUUUCAAAGUAUUUUAGUAAGGUGAAAGGAAUAAAAACCCUUCAACAUUUUUCUUUCGACAACUCAGGAGUCAUCACAGUGAAAAAACACAGCAAUGCCCCUGAAACAGCCCAGGCCCUACAGAAAGCAGCUCUCCCUGGGCCGGGUGUUCUGCCGCCAGUAAUACCGUCACCUGGGCUCAGCCUCAAACGCCAGCAAUAUCUCUUCAAAGAGAUUCGUCAGUUCGUUUCCCCUCACUGUCAGGAUGUUGUAACACCAGAGCCAACAGCAGUACCUGAAGACAGUGGCAGUGACUCCUCUGACAGUGAAUAUGAAAUGCCAGCCAAAGUGACAAAAACUGUAGCAGGACCAGGCAAAGCCAUCCGAGGUCGAGGUCGGGGACGCGGCCGCCGAGCCAAAACGGAGUAAUCUAUGAAACAUCAAUAAUGUGGAUAUAAAUACAUCAACACCAGCUACAAAGGUAAGAAAACCUAUUACAUUUUGUCUACGAGUAUGUUGUUGUGGU